UUUCUCACACAAAAUGGCUAAAGUAGCAGGAAUUUUUAUGUGUCUUCUAAUUGUAAUCAUGGAUGUGGGAGCUGGGAUUCUUGGCUUCGAGGCUGAAAUAGCACAAAACAAGGUUAAGCACUUAAGGUUGUGGAUAUUUGAGUGUAGAGAGCCAAGUCAUCAGGCUUUUAUGCUGGGGUUGGGUGCAGCAGUACUUUUGGGACUAGCUCAUGCUGUAGCCAAUUUGCUUGGUGGCUGCAAUUGCAUUUGUUCUCAACAAGAGUUUGAUAAGGCUUCACCCAAUAGGCAAAUGACAGUGGUUUGCUUUAUUUUAACUUGGGUGGUUUUGGCUGGAGGAUUGUCCACGCUGGUGAUAGGGACUAUGUCAAACAACAGGUCAGAUGGUUCCUGUGGUUUCUCACACCAUCACUUCCUUUCCAUUGGUGGGAUUUUGUGUUUUCUUCAUGGCUUAUUCAGUGUUGCAUAUUACGUUUCUGCCACUGCCUCCAUUGAUUAG